AUGUACAUUCAUUUUUCUGAUGCCUCCCGAACAGUAAUUGGAGGCGGUACAGCCGGCUUGGCCAUCGCGUCGCGCUUGUCAGCGGUCGCAAAGGUGGCCGUCAUUGAAGCAGGCGGCUUCUACGAGCAGGACAAUGGAAACCUCAGCACUGUGCCCGGAUACGCCCAAAACAUCCCAUUCCUGGAUACCACGCCUUCCUAUCCUCUGAACUCGCUCAUGGACUGGGACUAUCUUAGCGUGCCCCAAACGCAAGCCGGCAACCGCGUGAUUCACUAUGCCCAAGGCAAGACCCUUGGUGGCUCAUCUGCCAUUAACACCCUCGCCUACCACAGGGCCACGGUCGGAGCCUAUGGCAAGUGGGCAGAUCUAGUUGGCGACACCAGCUACACAUGGGCCAAUGUUCUGCCCUACUUCAAGAAAUCUGCCACCCUCACGGCUCCCAAUUUCGCCAAGCGCAACACCCCCAAUGCUACUUUCACCUACGACACGACGGCCUUUGAUAAUUCUCUCAAGGGGCCAUUGCAGGUUUCCUGGGCUCAGUGGCAAGACCCCACCAUUACCUGGCUUGCUCAAGGCAUCCGCUCUCUUGGGCUGGCUAUGAGCAGUAUUGGCUUCAACAGUGGAAUCCUCGCUGGAUUCAGUGCCUACGUCACCACGAGUGUUGACCCUCGCAAUGCCACGCGCUCGUCCUCUCGAACGAGCUACAUGGAUACUGUCGGCGUCCCGGCCGGUCUCAAGGUCUACCACCACACGACUGCCCGCAAGAUCCUAUUCAACGGCUCAACCGCGUCGGGCGUCUCCGUGGUCACAGACAGCACGACCUACACGCUGAUGGCGAAAAAAGAGGUCAUUCUUUCCGCGGGUGUGUUUGGGUCCCCUCACCUGCUCCUCGUGUCCGGCAUCGGCCCUGCAGCAACCCUCAAGUCUCUGGGCAUCACCGUAGUCUCCAACCUCGCAGGCGUGGGCCAGAACCUCUGGGACCAACUCUACUUCCAAGUCAUCAACAUCGUUAGCACACCCAGCGGGCCGGCCGAAGCAGCCGCAAACCCUGCGCUGGUGGAAAAACAGUAUCGCGAGCAAGCGUGGGGACCUCUGAGCUCAAUUUCCGCGUACAUUUCCUUUGAGAAGAUUCCCGCGUCGCUCCGCGGCGCGUUCUCCAGUGCCACCGCCACGGCACUGUCCUGGUUCCCAGCCGACUGGCCGGAAGUCGAGUACGUCGCCGGGGCGGUUGCAUCGGGCGGCGCCACCCUGGGCGUCAUGUCCUCGUGUCUCACUGCGCCCCUGUCCCGCGGCAGCGUCACCAUCUCUUCGUCCGACCCUAGCGUACUCCCCGUCAUCGACCUCGGCUGGUUCACAAAUCCUGCUGACGGCGAGGUCGCCGUUGCGGGCCUGAAGCGCGCGCGAGAAGCCUGGUCCAACAUCUCGUCCAUUGUCGUGGGCGACGAAAUCGCGCCCGGAGCGGCGGUGCAGUCUGACGCGGAUAUCCUGGCUUACAUCAAGAACUCUGCGACGCAGAUUUGGCAUGCUGGCGCGACUUGUGCGAUGGGGAAAAAGGGCGAUGGGAAGGCGGUUGUGGAUUCCAGCGCGAGGGUUUUCGGGGUGAGCAGCUUGAGGGUCGUGGAUGCGAGUGCGUUUCCGUUUCAGGUGCCUGGGCAUCCGCAGGGGACUGUGUAUAUGUUGGCGGAGAAGAUUGCGGAUGCGAUUAUCAAGGGGAAAUAA